UUGACCUCUGGUGAGAACAUCUUCGGUUCUCCACACUGACCCAAGACAAGACAGGGAGCGACCCACUUAGGACUCCCCCACUGAGACCAUUAACACUGCUGCCAUCGAUACGUGAAGCGUUUCAGAUCACUCAUUGGGGAGGCAUAUCCACUGACAGGCACGUUAUUACUCAUUGGCCGCACUUCCGUAGAUUGUGUUUCAGACGUUAGGGAGCUCCCGAGUCAUCCUCCAGGCGUUUAUGUCACUUGUACGUGUGGCUGGAUCUGUCUGCCAUCGGAGGAGAGGCCACUCACCUGCAGAGAGAGAACUCUGAAGACCUGGAAGGGGUCUCUGUUGCAUGAUAGGUACAGCAAACUGUGAACACUGACUGUCAAAAGAUGUCCCACCAAACUGGAAUUAAUGCAACACCCGAGCUUAAACAGUUCCUGGCUCGAGCAAGAAGAGGUUCCAUCAGAAUAAUGAAGAUCAUAAUCAGCAAUGAGGAGUUGGUGUUAGAUUCAUACAGAGAGCCUGCCCAGAGCUGGGACAAGGACUUUGAUCAGUUUCUGCUUCCUCUUCUAAAGCCUCAGGAGCCCUGUUACAUCCUUUACCGUCUGGAUUCCCAGAAUGCACAGGGACACGAGUGGAUAUUCAUUGCAUGGUCGCCUGACCAAUCACCAGUGCGGCAGAAGAUGAUGUACGCUGCAACCCGUGCCACAUUGAAGAAAGAGUUUGGAGGAGGUCACAUCAAAGAUGAAAUGUUCGGCACAGUCGAGGAUGAUCUGUGCUUUCAGGGAUAUAUACGCCACAGAGCCUCCUGCUCCUCUCCAGCUCCUCUUACAGCAGCCGAACAAGAGCUCCAACGAAUAAAAGUCACUGAGGAUAAAGUGGUCUUGGAUGAACGGAGAAGAAUCGGAACCCCAACUGCACGAGCAAGGGUCACAAUGGAGUUUGGUUUAGACAGGAGGACUCAGACUCUUCAGGGUCUUGCCUUCCCUUUACAAGAAGAUGCCAAACGAGCUCUGCAGCAACUAAAGCAGAAACGAAUCAACUACAUUCAGCUGAAGCUGGAUGUGGAAAAAGAGACGAUUGAGUUGGUUCACACCAAACCCACAGAAACCCACGAGCUUCCCUUCAGGAUUCCUACAGAUUCUCCUCGAUAUCACUUCUUCAUCUUCAAGCAUUCCCAUCAAGGCCAGAUUCAGGAGGCGCUGGUCUUUAUAUACUCGAUGCCUGGCUACACCUGCAGCAUCAAGGAGCGGAUGCUGUACUCUAGCUGUAAGAAUAGGUUACUGGAGGAGGUGGAGAGAGACUAUCACUUGGAAGUCACCAAGAAGAUGGAGAUAGACAGCGGCGAUGGGCUGACAGAAGAAUUUCUCUAUGAGGAGGUUCAUCCCAUAGAGCACACCUUAAAGCAGGCCUUCGCUAAGCCCCAUGGACCAGGAGGGAAGAGGGGCAACAAACGCCUCAUCAAGGAGAGGGGAGAGAACGGGGGGGAGAAUUAGACAUCACACCCAAAAAAUAUCUGCAAGCAAUUUUAGAAAUAUUGAAUACUGAUUGCCUGUUAUUUCCAUGUUAAGUUUUUUGUCACUUGUUCUAUAUUGCUAUUCAAAGAUAAUUUUUGAAAGUAAAAUUAAGUAAGGUGUAGAUCUGUCCUAAAGGUAAAACUAAUAAGUCACUAUAAAGAUCUGUCUAAAGGCUGAUUUAUUUUGGGCAACUUUUCCACUCUCCUCUAAAGCUUCUGUUGUCCAACAGUUAGGCUGUCCACAAAAAGGGAUGUCAUGCAGCCAAAGUUUUCACAGAUCCACACAAAACACUGAGAGCUGAGCGUCACUGCUCGGUGCACAGCUAACAGGCGUUUGGCCUAAUUUUACAGUCAGCGUUUUUUAUUGUGGAAAUAUACCUGUUGUGAUGGGCAGCACUCUUGACACCUUUUGAUAUUCCAGUUAGACAAAUGUAAGAAGCCUUAAAACAAAUUAAUCUUUUAUUUUGGUAGUAUACUCUCACACUUUUCUGAACUUUUUUUUUUUCAUUUGGGGACAUCAAUUCAAUGUAGGAAACAUGGAAAUAACUAAACUCUCACAACCUGAUGUUAUAAAGCUGUUUUUUUACUUGAGGUUUCAAGAUUAUCUAGGUGUGUAGGAACUUUUAGGUACUGUUUACUUGGGGAUUAGAAAUGCUGGAACACAGAAGCACAUUUUUCUUACCCUUUCCUUAAAAGGGUAAAAAGACAG